GCUAAGCAACAGCGAAGUGACAGUGCAGCUUUGGCUUUGUCACAAGCUAAAGAAAUCGCAAUGAGCUACGACGGAACAACAUGUGCACGUCUUUGGGCAGCACAAAUACAAAAUAUUGCAAAUAUGUACAACUUGGACAAUGGCAACAUGCGUAUUUUGAUAAUCUCAAAAUUAAAAGGCAGUGCUCAACAGUGGCUACAUGCCAACACAGUGCGAAUUAUGGAACCAAUCGACGCAAUAUUGGAACAAUUAAUUUUUGCAUUCGGGGAUCAACAAUCUAAAAUGGAGUUACGGCGCAAAUUCGAGGAUCGUAAGUGGCAGCCCGGUGAAAAAUUCGCAGCAUACUUCGAAAUAAAAAUGAUGCUGGCCAAUGCGAUUGCCAUCGAACCAGAUGAGCUGAUUGAACAUAUCAUCGAAGGGAUACCAGACAUCAACCUGCGCGAUCAGGCGCACAUACAGCGAUUUUCCAGCCCAGUGCAGAUUCUUUGCGCUUUCGCCAACGUACACAUUCGAGGACGGACAGCAGCACCCAAGCAGAGGGCGCCAUCAACAGGAAAUGCAGUUCGCAGAGCUGGAGUACGUUGCACAAACUGCAACUCAAUCGGACACAACGCACAGGAAUGCCGAAAGCCAAAAAGGGAGCCAGGAUCAUGCUACGCGUGCGGCAAAUUUGGACACUUUGUGGCACAAUGCCAGGAUAAGAACGAACUGCGGGGCAACAACUAUCAUGCCUUAUAGACUCAGGUAGUCCCAUAUCUUUCAUAAAAAAAACACUCAUGCCCAAAGAGGCAAACUUACAAACUGUAACUGAAUCCUAUUUUGGAUUAAAUAAAAGCCAACUUGAAGUGUA